AUGGAAGACCAUAAAUAUUCAGACAAAAGGGAUUCAGAGGAUUGGAUAUGCACAGAUGAAAAAUGUCGAAAUGUAAACUCAUACAAGAGAAUGUAUUGUAGCCAAUGUAAUCGAGUCAGGCCAAAGAAAACGAUAAAAAAAAACCCUAAACAGAUAUUGUUUAAGACGAAUGAUUGGAAAUGUGAUGAUUGUGGUAAUAUAAACUGGGCUAAAAGAGAAAAAUGUAAUAUAUGUGGUAAAAGUAAAUAUACAAAAAAAAUAAAUGAUUUUAAACCAAAUAAAGAAAUAAGAACAGGAAAGGGAGGAGGACAUUAUGAUAUCCAAGGUAAUAAUGAAAGAAGAGCCCACGAUUCAGAAGAUGAGGAAUUUGAUGAAUUUGGACGUCGAAAGAAAAGAAAACUACCAAAUAAUGAGGGAAAAGACUCCAAAGCACAAACUGAAAAUUCUUCUACGAGAAAUUAUAAUAAUUAUAGUAAUAACAAAGAUAUAGCAAAUAAAAAUUACGCACAUAAAAAACGUCGUACAUCUUCACAUUCAAGAAGUGAUUCCACCAGCUCUUAUAAAAAUAGUAGAGAAAAUAGUUAUAGCAAUGAUGAUGAUAAAAAAAUAAAAAAUUAUAAAUAUGGAAGUAAAAAAUAUGAUAAUAACAGUAAAGAUAAUUAUAAGUACAAUGAUAGGAAAUAUGAUAAUAAGAAAAAAUAUAGCUAUAGUAGUAAAUAUAAUGACAAUAAAUAUGAUGAAGAUAAGUCUGAUGAUAGCCGGAAAAAUAAUUAUUACAGAAAAGGAUAUAGGAAAGAUUAG